GCGGGAGAAUCGCGUCAGCUGUGAAUCGAUGACGGCUGGCUGUCAGUGUUUUUCUAUAUCAACAUUUGGUGUGCGAAAAAAUAAAUAGAAAAUACAAAACAUUGGUCGAUUGUCGAGCGACCAGACAUGAGCCCUGCAAAAACGAAACCAUCGACUUACUAACAGAUUUGAAAUUAACACCCUCUCAGAUGACGUAAUGGUGUGAAACGAUUCGCACAACCACAAUGGCGGAAUCAUUGAGCUCGUUCGUGGAGAAACACGAGCCGAAAUCGUGCGAAUUCGACAAAAUUCUUGGACGUGACGUGCUGGUGGCGCCCUCUAGCGAACAGUACACUCUAUUAACCAAGCGACUCAAACAGCAACUGGGCGAAGGACGUGGAGAGGUUAUUAUAGAGAUUGGAGCCUCGGAAGAUGGAAGCGAAAGCGGUUUACUGGCGGACGAACUGGAAGCGGCUGCAGCCACUUUGCAUUCAUUGGCUGACAAUCUGAACUGCUCAUGCGUACGGCUGCGCGAACGAAAGGAAAGGCGCGGAUUGGUCGUCCAGUAUUUGAUUCGGCGUGUUCUGGACCAAUCAGAUUUCUUGGAGAUUCGGGUGGCGGUAGUGGGAAACGUUGACGCAGGCAAAUCCACCUUAUUGGGCGUGUUGACGCAUGGAGGUCUUGACAAUGGGCGUGGCACCGCUCGGCUAAAACUCUUUCGGCACAAACAUGAAAUGGAAUCCGGCCGAACCAGUUCAGUGGGAAAUGACAUUCUCGGAUUUGAUGGCGAAGGCAAUGUGGUGAACAAGCCGGAACAUGGCGCGCUCGACUGGGUGAAAAUUUGCGAAAAAAGUUCGAAAGUGAUCACGUUCAUUGACCUGGCCGGGCAUGAGCGAUAUUUGAAAACGACCGUUUUUGGCAUGACUGGGCAUGCGCCCGACUUUGGAAUGCUGAUGGUCGGGGCCAACGCUGGCAUCAUCGGCAUGACUAAAGAACACUUGGGUUUGGCUCUCGCCUUGUCAGUGCCAGUUUUUGUUGUCGUCACGAAAAUUGACAUGUGUCCAGCCAAUGUGCUUCAGGAUAACCUCAAAAUGCUGGUGCGCAUCCUCAAAUCGCCCGGCUGUCGCAAAGUGCCCGUCAUGGUCAAGACGCAGGAUGACGUAGUGUUGAGUGCGACCAAUUUCGUCUCCGAACGGUUAUGUCCGAUCUUCCAAGUGUCAAAUGUGACAGGCGAAAACCUGCCGAUGCUGAAAAUGUUCCUCAAUCUGCUCACCACCAAGAUGGAGUAUCAGGAAAAUGAGCCGGCGGAGUUUCAGAUCGAUGACACUUACUCGGUUCCGGGGGUGGGCACAGUGGUGUCCGGGACGACCCUAAAGGGCGUGAUUCGUCUGAAUGACAUUUUGAUGCUGGGACCGGAUCCGCUCGGCCGAUUUGUGCCAAUCGCUGUCAAAAGUAUCCACCGGAAGCGGAUGCCCGUUAAGGAAGUGCGCGCAGGUCAAACGGCCAGUUUCGCCCUGAAAAAGGUGAAAAGGUCGCAGAUCCGCAAGGGAAUGGUGAUGGUUUCGCCCACAUUGAAUCCGCAGUCCUGCUGGGAGUUUGAGGGCGAAAUUCUCGUUUUGCACCAUCCGACAACGAUUAGUUCACGGUAUCAGGCGAUGGUACAUUGCGGCAGCAUCAGACAGACGGCCAGCAUAAUUUCCAUGUCGAAGGAGUGCCUGCGCACUGGUGACAAGGCGCUGAUUCACUUCCGGUUCAUCAAACAUCCGGAAUACGUAACGGCCGGCCAGCGAAUGGUGUUCCGAGAGGGACGCACCAAGGCUGUAGGCAACGUGGUGCGCAUUAUCACUCAAGCCUCCCCAAGUCAUCAUGCCGCCCGCUCGAAACAGAACAACAGCAAACAGCAACAGCGCCAGAAGCAAACGAAAGAAGUUCUGGGUGAAGAUGGGCCGGCCGGUGAUGGGGAGGAAAAGGAAAAUUGCCCGAAUGAGUUCCAAAUGACUGACGAGCACUUUCAAACGGGCGAUUCGGCGCACGAGGGCACCAAAAGAGGGCGCGGCCGUCGUGGGACGGGCGCCACUGGGCGUGGCCGGCCCCCAGCCGACCCCACUUUAUCGUCCCACCGCCCUCCAAAGCGUGUGCAAUAGAGUUCAGUAUUUUUGUGUU